AAGUCGAACUCUGCUCCUCCAUCGAGCACAGAACCGGAGGAAACCCGCUUCCGGACCGUCCAGCUCGUGUCCCAGCAGAGUCCUAUGAGGUCAGGAUGUCCAGUGAUCUCGCUGGUGUGUGGGAGGUGGCGCUGAGCGACGGGGUCCACAGGAUAGAGUUCGAACAUGGCACGACCACCGGGAAGAGGGUCAUCUACGUUGAUGGACAGGAGCUCCUGAGACGGGACUGGAUGUUCAAGCUGGUGGGCAAGGAGACCUUCAGCGUGGGAAAAGCCGACACCAAGGCCACCAUCAACAUCGACGCGGUCAGCGGGUUCGCCUACGAGUACACCCUGGAGAUCAACGGCAAGAGCUUGAAGAAGUACAUGGAGAACAGGUCAAAGGUCACCAGCACCUGGGUGCUCAACCUGGAUGGCACUGACUGCAGGGUGGUCCUGGAGAAAGACACUAUGGACGUUUGGUGCAAUGGACAAAAUAUUGAAACUGCAGGCGAGUUCGUGGACGACGGCACGGAGACGCAUUUCUCACUCGGGGACCACAACUGCUGCGUGAAGGCCGUGAGCAGCGGCAAGAGAAGAGACGGGAUCAUUCACACGCUGCUCGUGGACGGAACAGAGAUAGCAGAGUGCACGGAGUGA